GCCCGACCGGAUUGAAAUUUUUCGAUAUAUUUCGGCGUUUUCGAACGAAAAAUCAGUCUAAAACCGCCCAAAUUCUCCCAAAUUAACCGUCGAAACGGCCGAAGUACGAUCUUUCAUUCAAAACGCCCGAAUUACAGCCGUUAAUCGCAGCGAUUUUGAAUUUGGCGCUACGACCGAGUUGUAGAUGGCUAUAACAUGAAAUUUGCGUUGUUUUUUCGAGUGGAGGUUGUGUUGUGGAAUUGAGGCGAUUGCGGGACAUAAUCCGGUUCCAUUUAAGUCACCAUCGAAUCGGAGAUUACAGCCAUAAUAACCCGAAAUAUCCAAAUGAACCAAGACGGAAAUGGCUGACGAACAGGAGAUAAGACAAUUGGAAUUGUUCUGCAAGCAACUGUACGAAUCCCAAGACACCAACGUCAGAGAGGAUGCGGAAAAGACGUUAGUCAUAUUCCAAACGGGGCCGGACGCCCUGACCAAGUGCCAGGUGCUCCUCGAUCGCGGCGACUCCUCCUACGCCCAACUCCUCGCGGCCACCACCUUGACCAAGCUCGUGUCGCGACCGGCCCACGGCCUGAGCCUCCAGCAACGCGUCGACAUCCGAAACUACGUGCUGAAUUACCUGGCGACGAGGCCGAAGCUGCCCAAUUUCGUGCUGCAGGCGCUCGUCACGCUGUUCGCUCGUAUCACCAAGCUCGGCUGGUUCGAUUCGCACAAGGAUGAAUUCGUGUUUCGAAACGUCGUAGCCGACAUCGGUAAAUUCCUCCAGGGCUCCGUGGAGCAUUGCAUGAUAGGCGUACAGUUGCUGUCGCAGUUGACGUGCGAAAUGAACCAGAUAUCGGAAGUGGAAGCGAACCGAUCGCUCACGAAACACAGAAAAAUAGCUUCGUCGUUUAGAGAUACCCAGUUGUUCGAGAUAUUCCGAUUGUCCUGCACGUUGCUGGGCAACGCCCGGGAGAAUUGUAAAAAUUUGAAUUUCAACGACGAGAGCCAGCACGGCCUGAUGACGCAGCUGUUGAGGCUCGCCCAGAAUUGUCUCACGUUCGAUUUCAUCGGCACCUCGACGGACGAAUCGUCGGACGAUCUGUGCACCGUCCAAAUACCGACGAGUUGGAGGCCGGCCUUUUUGGACUUCACCACGUUGAAGUUGUUCUUCGAUCUGUACCAUUCGUUGCCCAACACGCUGUCGUCGUUGGCGCUGUCGUGUCUGGUGCAAAUCGCCUCGGUGCGACGGUCGCUGUUCAGCAACACGGAACGGGCCAAGUUUCUCACGCACCUCGUCAACGGCGUCAAGCACAUCCUGCAGAACCCGCAAGGGCUCAGCGAUCCGGCCAACUACCACGAAUUUUGCCGGCUGUUGGCCCGAUUGAAGUCCAACUAUCAGCUGGGCGAGCUCGUCAUGGUCGACAACUACCCCGAGGCCAUACAGCUCAUCGCCAAGUUUACGGUGCAAAGCCUGCGGAUGUGGCAAUUCGCGCCGAACAGCGUGCACUAUUUGCUCAGCCUGUGGCAGCGAAUGGUGGCUUCGGUGCCGUACGUCAAGGCCACCGAGCCUCACCUGUUGGAAACCUACACGCCCGAAGUGACCAACGCCUACAUAACGUCCCGAUUGGAAUCGGUCACCGUUGUGGUUCGAGAAGGUCUCGAAGAUCCUUUGGACGAUUUGGGUAUGGUACAACAGCAAUUGGAACAGUUGUCGGUGAUCGGUCGGUGCGAGUACCAAAAGACCUGCGUGUUGCUCGUGCAACUGUUCGAUCAGGCCGUUCGAAGUUACUCGGAGUUGCUCGGCAAUCCCGGCCAAAGGAUGGAGAUUACAGUGCAAGAGGGUCAAUUAACGUGGCUGGUGUACAUAAUCAGUUCGGCGAUAGGCGGUCGGGUGUCGUUCAACAGUAACGAGGAGCACGAUACGAUGGACGGCGAGCUCGUCUGUCGAGUACUGCAGCUCAUGAAUUUGACGGAUUCGCGAUUGGUGCAAGGCGGCUGUGAGAAAUUAGAAUUGGCCAUGUUGAGUUUCUUCGAGGCUUUUAGAAAGAUCUACGUGGGCGAUCAGGUGCAGAAGAAUUCGAAGGUCUACAGGAGAUUGUCGGAGGCGUUGGGUCUCAACGACGAGGCCACCGUACUUAGCGUUUUUAUUAGGAAAAUCAUAACGAAUUUGAAAUAUUGGGGCCGCAGCGAGCAGAUAAUCAGCAAGACGUUGCAACUGUUGAACGAUCUGUCGGUGGGCUACAGUUGCGUGAGGAAAUUGGUGAAAUUGGACGAGGUGCAAUUCAUGUUGAACAAUCACACGAGCGAGCAUUUCCCGUUCCUCGGCAAUUCGGUGGCCGUCGCCGAGAUGCGAUGCCGUUCGAUGUUCUACACGUCGUUGGGUCGAUUGCUGAUGGUCGAUUUGGGCGAGGACGAGGAUCGAUUCCAUACGUUCAUGUUACCGCUUACCGCUUCUUUCGAAAGUAUCGGUACGAUGUUGGCGUCCGCGGAUUCGCCGUUGUUCGCCUCCGACGAGGCCAAGAAGGCGCUCAUCGGCUUGGCUAGGGAUUUGAGGGGUUUGGCGUUUUCGUUCAAUACCAAAACCUCUUAUAUGAUGCUGUUCGAUUGGAUUUAUCCGAAUUACACGCCGAUAUUGCUUAGAGCGAUAGAAUUGUGGUAUCACGAACCGCAAGUGACCACGCCCGUAUUGAAGCUGUUCGCUGAAUUAGUACAAAAUAGAUCGCAACGAUUGCAAUUCGACGUUUCAUCGCCCAACGGCAUUCUGUUGUUUAGGGAAGCUAGUAAAAUUAUUUGUAGUUACGGUAGUAGAAUAUUAAACGUAGACGUGGCCAAAGAGCAAACGUACCCGUUGAAAUUGAAGGGCAUCUCGAUAUGUUUUUCGAUGCUGAAGGCCGCCCUCUGUGGUAGUUACGUGAACUUCGGGGUGUUUCGAUUGUACGGCGACGAAGCCUUGGAUAACGCUUUGAAUAUAUUCGUCAAAUUGUUGCUGUCGAUUUCCCAAUCGGAUUUACUGGAUUAUCCUAAGCUGUCGCAGACGUACUACGUGCUGUUGGAGUGCCUGGCGCAGGACCACAUGAGUUUCCUGUCGACGUUGGAGCCGCAGGUGUUCCUCUACAUAUUGUCGUCGAUAUCGGAGGGAUUAACGGCCUUAGGUGGGCACCUAAAUCAUUUUACAGAUACGAUGGUUUGCACCGGAUGUUGCGCGACUCUCGAUCACAUCGUGACCUAUCUAUUCAAGCAAUUGACGCAAAAAGUGUACCCGGGCAAGGAGCAACGGGCCGGCAUGGCGCCCAACAGCGACAUGUUCCUGAAGGUGUUGGAAAUGCACCCGGAGAUCCUGCAGCAGAUCCUGAGCACCGUCCUGAACGUGAUCAUGUUCGACGAUUGCCGCAACCAGUGGUCGAUGUCGCGGCCGCUGCUCGGCCUCAUCCUGCUCAACGAGGACUAUUUCAACAGGAUGCGCGAGAACAUCAUCAGGGGCCAGCCGCCCGACAAGCAGGCGGCCAUGGCGCAAUGGUUCGAGAAUCUCAUGGACGGCAUCGAGAGGAAUUUGCUGACGAAGAACAGGGAUAGGUUUACGCAGAAUUUGUCGAUGUUCAGGCGGGAUAUCAACGAUUCGUUGAAGGGGCCCAAUGUAAAUACUUCGUCAGUUAGUGAUAUGAUGACUUCAUAGUGAU